AUUACCCACAAGUCAAUUCGUCAUCUAUUUCACCAAGAAGGUCGUUCGUUCGGAGUACAGCUCGCAAACCUCGCACACAUUAACCCUCAAACAAUGCUCGGACAAGCGGUGAGAAGAUUUGCGACCUCCGCGGUUCGCUCCAGCCACUAUGCUGAGGGACCAGGGAAGAACCUGCCAUUCUCAGUAGACAACAAGUGGAGGCUUUUGGGCAUGAUGGUGCUGUUCUUUGGCAGUGGGUUUACCUUCCCAUUCAUUGUUGUCAGGCAUCAGAUCCUGAAGAAUUGAAGCUCCUACCAGUCACUCUCUCACAGCUCUCAUCUUCUAUUAUGGAUCCUGCCUGUAAUGUUAUUGUAAAUAAAACAAAAGAUUACAUUA